CGCUCCCUGCUGGCGGGGACAGCACGACCUGUCCUUCAGUCCGGGACCUUCGGCCGGUCCCGCCGCGGCGAACGGGAGAGCUGGUGGAAGCCGACGCGGUAGGACCUGCAGCAGCGGCUGAGACCUUGGCGGAAGCGCCAUGUCCGAGCCGCCCUCGCGGGGGGCCGAGCGCGACCUUUUCCGGGACACGUGGGUGCGGUACCUGGGCUACGCCAAUGAGGUGGGGGAGGCCUUCCGCUCCCUGGUGCCGGCAGCUGUCGUGUGGCUGAGCUACGGCGUGUCCAGCUCCUACGUGCUGGCCGAUGCCAUUGACAAGGGCAAGAAAGCCAGAGAUCAGGUACCGGGCCCUGAGGCAGGCCGCAGCAGCAGGGUGACCGUGGCCGUGGUGGACACCUUUGUGUGGCAGGCUCUGGCCUCCGUGGCCAUCCCAGGCUUCACUAUCAACCGCGUGUGUGCAGCCUCCCUCUACAUCCUGAGCUCUGCCACCCGCUGGCCUCUGGCCGUCCGCAAGUGGACCACCACCGCACUGGGGCUGCUCGCCAUCCCCGUCAUCAUCCACCCCAUCGACAGGUCGGUGGACUUCCUCCUGGACUCGAGCCUGCGCAAGCUCUACCCCUCGGUGGAGAAGCCCAGCUCCUCCUGACCUCCCCCGCCAUGCCUGGCCUGUGGGCCGGCCCAUUCCCUGCUCGUUCCCACUCCCUCCUCCUGCCAGGGGAUGCGGACGCCUGGCUCUCGGGUCGGAGGCCCUGGCACCUGAGUGGGUUUAAGCUGCUCGGAACCCGAAAGACAAAGACCUCAGAGCGGCAGCUGCAGUGACCCACAGACAGGACUUGACGCCCGUCCGCUUCCAUGGAAUCUGUGAUACUGAGCCGGACUGGACUGAGUGGGCCCAGCCCUGUCCCUUGACAGGACAAUAGCAUCCUCCCAUGGAGGGUAAAGCACCUGAGGCCCGGACAAGGCGAGGAGCAUGGCCAAGACCACCUAGCAAGCUGGGGACCCAGGACUCCCAAAGGCUCAGCCAGGUCACCCCGAUGGCGGAGCAGCAAGUCACUCAGAGAAACACGGGAUUACACCCGCGGGGACCCUGAGGACGGAUUCUCUGCCCCUUCCUGGUGCAAGGCCUGCUGGGGCCUGCUGGACGGCAUGCCAGCUCUCAGUCCAAUAAAUCCUCAAGACGUUGA